AAUGAUGUAAAAACGUAUAAUAAACUCGUGCGAUUUAGUGAUAUCCUGGUAACUGAUCUGACUGACUGACAAUCAAUGUAGAGCAGGGCAUCCAGUGUCCGACUCUGCCGACUCUGUAUACUCGACAAUGAGCAAAGGGAAGCUGUGCUGCGAUUGGCCAACUCAAUGUGCACCUACACAUUGGCGCAUGCAUAUGAACGAGCAUACUCAUAUACACACGCACACAAACAGAGGCUAAAUUUGGAUACUGAUGCGGCUGCCGGUCGUGAUCGUCUCAAGUGGCACGGUGAUUGGUGGCUGCAGCAACAGCAGCAGCAGCAUCAGCAUCCCAGACCAGUGAGCAUCCAUUGGAUGUGCGACCGAUGCGCCGUACUCAUUCCGCAGUCAAGCUCUUGACGAUACGGAUGCGAGCGCGUGUACACGUACAGCAGGAGUAGCAGCAACAACGGCAACUGGUGGAUUUUCAAUUCUAAUUCGAUUUCGGAUCAAUUGCGGUAUCGCGGUAUCACGGAUCGCAGAUCGCAGAUCACAGAUCACAGAUCACUAAUCGACAUAAUCAGUUCGCACUUGGUCGAAAAGUGACAAGUGAGACACCUCAACGCUUUAAAUUCGCAAGUGCAACAACAACAACAACAGAAACACCAACAUCAACAGCAGAAGCAGCAGCAGCAACAACAAAAACAAUUAAGCGUUCAACCGACGAGUGUAUCAUUCAAUCAAUCGUUCGUUCAAUCAAUUUGGAUUAGUGCAGAGUGUCAAUAAGAAACUGGCACUCAACGCGAUCGAACCAUAAAACGCCACACUUUUAAAAAUUAUACGGAAAACCGAAAAAAAAAUAUCAAAUAAAAAAUCUAAAUAUCGGAAGAUCGGUAAAAAAUAUUUGAAAAUUGCGUCGAGGUGUUGAAUCGAUUGCAAUCUUUAGUCUCCUUUUUUUUAUUUAGUUAGUUGUUCUGAUCGACACUCUGACAACUUGAUCGGCAGCUUCGAUUUUUCAACACUUUCGCGGGCCUCAUUUGAAUUUUGUUUAUGCAUAUAUCCGAAUCGCCUGCGCCCGUUUGUUGAUAUCCCAAUUUUUUGCAGUGCUUGUGCUUGUGUGUGUGUGUGUGUUUGCAAUAAUCAAAUUUGAUAACUGCGCGAAAAACUUUUCAAAUCAAAACAAAUCAAGUACUGAAUACCAAAUCAAAAGCAUGUAAAUGAUUCAAUAAUCUUUCGACAUUGUUGUUGUUAUUUUUUUUUUCUGUUUUUGUUUUUGAAAAUAAAUACCUGUAUAUUGUCGUGUUCUGUUUCUGAUUUCGGAAAUACUCGCCUAUAUUCCACUCGCUCUGAUCAACAAUCGUCAAAGGGCAAUACCUUGUAGGCCGCACGAAUGACACACAUGAUGGGACCCACGGAAUGUGCAGGUGCCAUGGUGGCCACAAUGCCAUUCCUGGACAAUGGACUUAACAGCAAUUUGGCGGAUUAUGGAUGCUAUGCAAAUGAUUAUUGGACAUCGCCCUAUACAACUGGCGGACUUAGUCCCAUGAAACAGAUUGAAGCAUGCAUUCAAACGGCGGGCAAGGAUCGCAGUUCUUAUAAGCCACUGGAACAGAUCGAUGCCAAGCUGGCGGACAUCGAUGCCCAGAGCACGGGCAGCAGCAGGAGCAGCCAGGGGAGUAGCACCGGAAACUGCCAGGAGCAGGCGUCUGCUGUUCCCGAUUAUACUGUCAGCAACAGCAACAACAACAGCAGCAAUACCAGUAGCAAUAACAACAGUAGCAACAACAGCAAUGAAUCAGCAGCAGCGGCAGCAACAACAACGACUGCCAAGAAAUAUAAAAACAGCCACAAAAAAGACAACAACAACAGCUCAACAAACAAUACCAACAAGAGCAGCAAUAACAAUAACAACAAAGGUGAACCGGAGUCAGUGCAUCCAUCGUUAGCGCAGGCCAUUGUGGUAUUGGAGACAAAAGCACUAUGGGAUCAGUUUCAUGCGCAGGGCACCGAGAUGAUAAUUACGAAAACAGGUCGUCGAAUGUUUCCCACGUUUCAGGUGCGCAUCGGAGGUCUCGAUCCCCAUGCCACCUACAUAUGCAUGAUGGACUUUGUGCCAAUGGAUGAUAAGCGAUAUCGCUAUGCGUUUCACAACUCCUGCUGGGUAGUGGCGGGCAAGGCGGAUGCCAUAUCGCCGCCACGGAUUCAUGUGCAUCCCGAUUCGCCAGCAGCCGGCGCCAAUUGGAUGAAACAAAUUGUGUCAUUCGAUAAGCUGAAGCUGACCAACAAUCAGCUGGAUGAGAACGGCCAUAUCAUAUUGAACUCCAUGCAUCGCUACCAGCCGCGCUUCCACUUGGUCUACUUGCCGCCAAAGAACGCCUCUCUGGAUGAGAACGAGCAUUCGAGUCACUUUCGCACGUUUAUAUUCCCGGAGACCAGUUUUACGGCCGUAACAGCGUACCAGAAUCAGCGAGUAACACAACUGAAAAUAUCUAGCAAUCCUUUUGCGAAAGGAUUUCGAGAUGAUGGCACCAACGAUGUCACCAGCAGCAGCCUGGGCAUGUCUAGCAUGAGCCAUGAGAGUCAAGCACGCAUGAAGCAACAGCAGCAACAACAACAACAACAACAGCAGCAGCAGCAGCAGCAACAACAACAAAUGCAGCAGCAACAGCUUAAACCAAAGGACAGAACGCCGCCCAACAGCUUCAGUCUGAGCUGCACAGAACUUGUUGAGCAAGCGACAGCAGCAACGGCGACAACGACAAUACCAGCAACUGCAACAGCAACAACACAAUUGCCCAUGCAGCUGCCAGCAACGCCCUCAAGUAGCUCAACGUCGGGCAACUCGCCGGAUCUGUUGGGCUAUCAGUUGGAGGCAUCGUCGUUGCAACAGCAACAGUUGCACCAACACCACUUGCAGCAGCAACAAUUGGCGCCACAGCAACUGCAUCAGCAACAACAUCCGCAGCAACAACAACAGCAGCAGCAGCAACAACAGCAACAACAUCCGCAACAACAACAACAGCAACAAAACCUACAUCAAAUGUCCAGCAAUUAUCAGAUAUCAGGCAGUUAUCAUCAUCCCUAUCAGCACCAGCACACGGCAACGCCGCUGACACCGCUCUCGGCCAGCUCCGCUUCACCGCCAGCAGCGGGUGCUGCUGCUGCCGCUGCUGCCACUCAGGUGAUGGCGGCGGCCAACAUCUACUCCAGCAUCGCCCAGCCGUAUGCGGCAGAGCAGAGUAACUUUGGGGCCAUCUAUCAUCACAACGCAGCGGCGCAUUAUCACAGCCAUGGCAGCCCCUAUGGCAGCCCCUACGACAAGCUCAAGGUCACCACGGGUCACAUGCGACAGGCGGCGGCUGCAUAUGGCAUGAGUAGCUAUCAGAGCUUCUAUGGAUCCGCGGCGGCAGCGCAUCAAAUGAUGCGACCCAAUAGCUACAUCGAUUUGGGUCCGCGCUAAUCAUUAGUCCAUCACCAUCUAAAGUAUUAAAGUCUGCCUGGGGCCUGAACUCAAGUAUUACAAGUAUUUUCAAGUCUAUAUUAUACUCAACUCAACACAACACAACACAACUCAACUUAAAUAUAUGUAUUUUUUUUUCUAGUCUUAAGGGACAGAUGUGUGUCUAGUUCUAAAGUGUGCCAAAAAUGUGUCUUAAUUGUAUUAGUAUGUAACUAAUUUUUUUGUAACCAAUUUUUUUUUAACGUCGUAUGUACUGGCAUUGUCUUUUAAUCGUUAUUAAAAAUAUAGAUUUAGUAAAUUUAUUCUAUCCCGUUUGUAUCUCUCAUUUACUGUGUCAACUUGACCGUUGCAGCACUGCAACACUGCUAGACCCUAACGCCUAAACACAAAAAGUAUUGCACAUCUGCAAAGAUAAAGUGCGAAAUCGAUAAUUAUCGAUUUUUAGUUUAUUUAUCAUGUUUUAGUGGGCCAAAAAACAAACAAAAUAUCUAUUAAAUUAUGCUUAUCAAUUUUUAGAAUAGCUUCCAUUGUUUUUAAAUUAAAGAGGAUAUCCUAAAAGCUUUUAAACGGCAUUUUUAUACAUGCAGCCAAUUAGAAAACCAAAGUAAAAAAAAAUAUAAGUAAAAAAUACAACAUUUUAUUUCACAGAGCUGCAACGGAAGCGCUGUUCACCAAGGUGUAGAGCUGCAACGCUGCAAUGGUCAAGUGAACCCAUAAUUGUUUUACUUAUGUAAAUAAAUGCAUUAUGCAUACAUAAUUAAGAACUCACAUACAUAUGUACAUUGAAAUACUGCAACAGU